CUUUGUCGGAGGUCGCAAAGCCAAAAUAGGGUUUUUUUUCUUGUUAUUUUUUUCGCGUUAAAAAAAACGAUGCUCAAGUCUGCGAUUGGCAAUGUAGUCAACUUAACUCGAAAAAAAGGGGGAAGUGUGAGUUUUCUCGAACAAAUACGGCUCUAACGUUUUCAUUUCACCACCCACUCUUUUGCGUCAUAGGUGCUUGUGAUUGGGGGUGUUGCACUCGACAUGACAAGUACAGUUAGCAAAAGCGUCACACAGCUCACGUCGCUGCUGCAUACUUCGAGUCCCGGGCAUAUCAAACAAACACUCGGGGUGUGGGUCGCAAUGUGUGUGAAGCGGCUAUGCGCACAGGCACACCCGCGUUCCUGGUCUCGGCUGUUGGGAAUGAUCUGGCUGCUCAGACGAUUCGACAAGGCAUGGAAAUGAUCGGCAUGUCUACACAGUAUGUCCAAUGCAUACCUGAUCAUCCUACCGCUGUGUACAAUGCGAUUCAUUCCAAGUCGGGGCAAUUGAUCGCCGCUGUGGCGGAUAUGGAUAUUUUUGAUGCGCUAAAUUCUGCCAAGAUAGACACAAUCCUGCAUACGGAAAAGCCAGCACUCGUAUGUUUUGAUGGUAACCUAGCAACUAAUACGAUGGCCCGUCUCGCAGCAACCAGUGCUCAACUUGGUAUCCCAGUGUUCUUUGAGCCGACAUCAGUGCCAAAAUCGCUCAAGAUUUUCGAGCAAAACGGAUCUGUCCUUUCGUCGGGUGCAAUCAAGUUCGUAUCACCCAAUCAUUUUGAGCUAGAAGCCAUGAGUGAAACAGCCAGGUCGAUAACAUCUACUCUUGUUGACGAUAAGCACACAACUCUGACGGUGAAAGGGCCAGCACUGGCACAACGCGUGCUUCCAUAUGCUCUUCAUCUCUCUCACAUGAUUCCACACAUUAUUACCAAAUUGGGCGAAGAUGGUUGUCUGUACACUGGAAGAUCAAGCAAGUCUGGCAAAGCCAUCGUGCAAUACUUUGAGCCGGAACAAGUCGACAGCAGCAUUAUUAGUGUCACAGGCGCAGGGGACUGUUUUGUCGGGACAUUGCUGGCCAAUCUCCGAAAACACCUUGCUGAUAUCAUCCAAGAACAAGAACCCGACAAUGCAAUAAUGCUAUGGAAACAAAUAAUUAGCCGAGCUCAGAAAGCGGCUGUGCUUACCUUACAAUCUGACCUGGCUGUCAGUCCAAGCAUCGAUCACGAUCUACUCUACUCCAAAUAAUUAUAUAUAACAAAGAUUGAAUAUCAAUGAUCAGGUUUUUUUUGCUGCUGUCAGAAAAAAGCUUAGUGCUCCUAGUCUACGGGAGACAGGACUGGAAACUUACUGCGGACGGCAGAACUGUUAGCCGCUGUGACUUCAUCACCCCGCCUCG